AUGUUGAGCUCUCAGUACACGGCUCCAGUUGCAGCCGCACUUCUUCUAUCUUUCGUGGCCUGGCUCGUCUCGUUCUGUCUGAAAUGGCGCCGCCAUCGUGCAAAGUAUCGACAUCUGCCAUGCCCGCCUCACGAUUUUUGGUGGGGUCACUUGAAAACCGUCGGCACGGCGCAAAGGGAGAUGCCCCCUGGAUUCCACUACCAUGCUUUGAUGUCCUACAUUGGUGAAAAAUACAACAUGCCGCCAGUGUUCUACCUGGACUUGUGGCCCAUCAGCAACUCCUUCAUGCUUGUUCAUGAUCCCGAUGUGGCCUCUCAAAUCACCCAAGCGAAGAGCCUUCCCAAGCACCCUGUCAACUCCAAGGUCUUGGGACCCCUCACAGGCUCGCACUCGGUCGUGACUGCAGAAGGACAAGAAUGGAAGAUGCUCCGAUCAAUCCUCAAUCCGGGCUUUUCAACCCAGUAUCUUUCAACAUUAGUCCCUCUUCUCGUCCGGCAUGGCCUCGUCUUCAAAGACCGAAUCUACAACUAUGCGUCGACCGGCGAAGUAUUCCCGAUUCAGGAGACAGCCACGGCUCUGACAAUCGACGUGAUCGGCGAGGUGGUCCUGGGGAAGAAUUUUGACUCUCAACGUCAACCAAAUGAACUGGCGAUGCACUUCCAGAAGGCUGUCUCAUGGGCGGGACCCAGCCUGGACAUCAUUUCUUGGAAUCUGAGCAAGCCGUUCAAAUGGUGGCACUGCCUUCAACAGGACCGAAUCAUUGAGAGUAUGAUUCGUGAAAGACACGCCGAGACGAGAUCCACCAAUUCCGCCGGUACAAAAGCCGCUGUGGAUUUGUUCCUUCAGGCCUAUCGUGAAGAAAAGAUGGGGACAUCAGGCAAGAUUGGAAGCAGGGCGGACGAGCUUGAUCCGGAAUUCAUGCUUCUCGCGCGCAACAACGUCAAAACACUGCUUCUGGGAGGUCACGACACGACCUCAUCCACAAUAGCCUACACCGUAGCCCUCCUCAGCGAACCCCAAAAUGCCCACGAACUCGCUCGGAUCCGAGCUGAACACGACGCCGUCUUCGGCCCAGAUCCCUCCAGAGCCGCAACCAUGCUCCUCUCCGACCCCAGGCUGCUCAACAACCUGCCCCUCACGACCGCCGCCGUGAAGGAAUCCAUGCGUCUCUUUCCGGCGGCGAGCACCACGCGCAUGACCCUUCCCAACCACCCGGUUCAGACAGUCACGUUCAGGGGCGACCAGCAGCUCCCGCUCGCAGGGGAACAGAUCUGGGUCGCCCACUAUGGGUUCGGCCAACGGGCCGACCUGUGGCUCGAACCUCGGAAGUUUGUCCUCGACCGCUUUGUUCCAGGUAGUGGACAUCCGCAGCCCAAAGACGCGUGGCGACCGUUCGAGAAGGGGCCCCGCGGCUGUCUGGGCCUGGAACUGGCGAUGAUGGAGCUCAGGCUGGUCCUGGUCCUGCUGUGCAGGGAGUUUGACUUUGAGAUCGCCUACGCCGAGGACGCGCCCCGCGCGCCUCCUGAGCACGGUGUCGCGGGUGGCAGGGGAUAUCAGAUCAUCGAGUUCGCGGCGAAGCCUGUGGGGCAUAUGCCCGUGCGGGUACGAAGGAGGACUUCAAAAGUGCAGUGA